CCAGCCAGACAGAAAUCAGAGAAGGAGGAGCUGUCCUGGGUGUCUCAGCUCAGCUCCACAGCUGACUAUGGGAGCCCCCAGAACCAUCCUGCUCUGUCUCUUUGGGGCUGUGUUCCACCUAACAGCCCUCUUCUCUCCUCAGCGUCCCAGGCCCAGCAAUGCUACAGCUUUCAACACAUCUACUUCGGGCCCUUUGACCUCAGCGGCAUGAAAUUCCACAAUGUCUCCUGUCGGCACGGAUGCUCUGAGGCUGUCCUGUCCCUGGACACUGGGUACCGCGCCUCAGUGACCCUGGUGCAGAAGGGCUGCUGGACCGGCCCGCCUACGGGCCAGACGCUGUUCGACGACCGGGCGCUGCCGCCUGACUACUCGGUGGUGCGCGGCUGCACGACUGACUUGUGCAACGCCAACCUCAUGACCCACGACUCCAUCCCCAAUCUGAGCCCGGCGCCCAACCCUCCAAAUCUCAGCGGCACGGAAUGCUACGCCUGCUUGGGGAUCCACCCGGAGGACUGCACCCCAGAGAAGUCCCGACAAGUCCGCUGUCACCAGGACCAAAGCGUCUGCUUUCAGGGCAAUGGCCAAAUGACCGUCGGCAAUUUCUCAGUCCCUGUGUACAUCAGAACCUGCCACCGGCCCUCUUGUACCAUCAAGGGCACCUCCAGCCCCUGGACAAACAUCGACCUCCAGGGCUCCUGCUGUGAGGGGCACCUCUGCAACAAGGACUCGGUGACCCAGCCCUUCACCUCUGCCUCAGCCACCACCCCUUCCCAGGCGCCCCACAUCAUGGCCCUGCUCCUCAUGGUCCCCCUGCUGGUUGGCACUCUGGGAGGACCCCGUGUGCCUCUCCCUUAAACAGCCCCUCCAGCCUCUUUAUGAGCAGGAUGCUGGGGGCAGGCAUGCCCCUGCUUCUCGCAACUUCAGCCUCUGUAAUGUGGCUCACUGGGAAAUGUUGUCAAACAGGAGUUGCACUCCUGUCUCUCUCUGCUACCCACCCCCCACUUCCCCACCCCCAUCCUGUCCAUACCUGAUCAGCAGACCUGGGACAAAUUGGGAAAGGACCCCAUCAUCCCAGGGUGGGGAGAAAUAGCCACAUCUUUGCCCACAUGAAGAGCAAUUCUGACAAUAGCUAUUACUGAGCACCAGUGAAGCCCUGGCACCCCACAACCCGGUUUCCUGUGCUGUGCUUCUGGAGCCAGCAGAGAACUAUGAUAAUGUCUUUAUUCAUAUCAACAUGAGAAGUUCAAGAGGCAGCAUAUCCUAGAAGCUAGGAACCAAAACUCUGGAGCCAGCCUGCAUGGGUUUGAAUCCCAGCUCUACCAUCUAGCCUGUGGCUAGUUACUCAAUCUCUCUACACAUGCUUCUUUGCCUAUAAGGCAGAGGUGAAAAUAAAACCUACAAUAAUGACAAGCCCUA